AUGCAACUGAUAUGUGUUCUCCUCGCAGCAUGCAUUGGUGUAUCUGGGCAUAUGGAGAUGAAAACCCCCUAUCCAUUUAGAAGGCGAGUCAAAUUCAACCCAGGGAACAAAUACACUGAUAUUGACUACUCUAUGACUAACCCACUGAAUGCGGAUGGCUCGAAUUUCCCUUGCAAAGGAUACCAUUCCAACACCACUUUCCGCGCAACGGCAAAUUACACUACUGGACAAACAUACUCCCUGGAACUCGCUGGCACUGCAACCCACGGUGGAGGCUUUUGUCAAGUAUCUCUCAGCCUGGACAAUGGCACAUCGUUCCAGGUGAUUAAAUCCGUUAUGGGAGGAUGUCCACUUACGAACACGUACAAUUUUACCAUCCCCAAGGACAUACCAGCCGGGAGGGCUCUGUUGGCCUGGACCUGGUUCAAUUUAUUUGGGAACCGUGAGAUGUAUAUGAACUGUGCUCCCGUGGUGAUUAACAACUGCGCUUCGGGCGCUUCCAGGCCAUAUAGUUAUGGAUUGCCAAAACUGUUUGAAGCUAACAUCGGGAACGGCUGUAUAAGUAUUGAAGGGAGAGAGACGGUUUUUGCAAAUCCGGGGUGCGAUGUCGUCUACGGUAAGAACGUUACUACCGAUAGCCCUCCGAUACCAGAAUGUGGGUAG